AUGGCAACCGAUAACGAGAAAACUGCUCCCUUGAGCACCACCGAUCCCGAGGUUCAGCAAGACGUUCACGCCCCGCCUGGGAAGCCAUGGAUGUACAAGAACUUGAAGCUCGGUCCCCUGACUGUGCCGUACUAUGCGUCCCCGCAGACCCAGUUGGUUCUCGUCGCUUUUGUUUGCUUCCUCUGCCCAGGCAUGUACAAUGCCGUCUCUGGUCUUGGAGGUGCUGGUCAACUCAACCAUUCCGACGUCAGUAAAUCAAACACGGCCACAUACAGUACCUUUGCUGUUGUUGGUUUCUUCGCUGGUUCCAUCGCCAAUCGCAUUGGCUUGCGAUUGACUCUUUCGUUUGGUGGUUUUGGUUACACCCUUUACGUUGCUUCUCUCCUGUGCUACAAUCAUACUUUCAACUCUGGGUUCUUGAUCUUCGCUGGAGCCCUGCUUGGUCUUUGCGCUGGUCUGCUGUGGUGUGCCCAGGGCGCUGUCAUGAUGGCUUACCCUGGUGAAAAUGAAAAGGGCAAAUACAUCUCCAUUUUCUGGGUUAUCUUCAACCUGGGUGGUGUGAUUGGAGGCCUCAUUCCUCUUGGGCAGAAUAUCCACUCAACCGAUCCUGAUGCUUCAGUGAAUGAUGGAACCUACAUUGCUUUCAUGGUUUUGAUGGUUUUCGGCUUCAUUCUUGCAUGGGGCCUCGUGGACUCCAAGUACAUUGUGCGAAAGGAUGGCACACGAGUCAUCGCCAUCAAAAACCCCACCUGGAAAUCGGAACUCCUCGGCUUGUGGGAGACUCUUUUGACCGACUGGUACAUCGUCGCUUUCUUCCCCAUGUUCCUGGCCAGUAACUGGUUCUACUCCUAUCACUUCAACGCCAUAAACGGCUCUUACUUCAACACCCGCACCGCUGCCCUCAACAGUAUCCUGUACUGGGCCAUGCAAAUGGUUGGCGCCUUCUGUUUUGGCUUUAUUCUUGACCUGAAAUUCCUCAAGCGACCGGCUCGUGCCAAGCUUGUUUGGUUUCUUCUGUUCGCUCUCACCAUGGGCAUCUGGGGUGGUGGGUAUGCUUUCCAGAGACUCUACACCCGGGAGUCUGCAGGACGCGACAAGGAUUGGGAGCAUAGCGGCUAUAUCGGGCCCAUGUUCUUAUACAUGUUCUACGGCUUUUACGAUGCUGCGUUUCAGACUUGUGCCUACUGGUUUAUGGGAUGCUUGUCUAACAACAGCCGUAAACUGGCCAAUUUUGCUGGUUUCUACAAGGGAAUUCAGUCUGCAGGUGCAGCUAUAACUUGGGCGCUGGACUUCAACAACACGCCAUACAUGAACAUGUUCGCUUCCUGCUGGGGCAUCCUCUGUGGCUCUCUUCUGGUUGCUGCUCCGAUUAUUUUCUUCAAGAUCAAGGAUCACACCGAUCUCGAGGAUGACCUCAAGUUCUCCGACGAGACUGUCGCGGAAGUCACGGGAAUCGACGUGGGCGUGCGGACACAUCAACCCCAGCAGCACAGUGUGCCUGAAAAGAGAAGAUCUUCUGACGCUUGA